UCUGGUCUCUCAAGGCUACAAUGAUUGCAAGUUUCUUCUUCCUGCUGUUACUUGUGGUGCACUCAUUGUCAGCUGAAAAUGCAUCCAGUUCAGAGCUACAGGAAGAUCAACAGAUGACCAGUGAGACCACCAUAAGAGAUAAUGAAGUGGAAGUGGAGAAACUCUGCAAUUUUCAGGCUAUUGUACAGCACCUGGAUCUAAGUAAAGACAGUAUUAAGUACACUGUGAGCCGGCCCAUUAUAAACAACAGUCAUCAUACAGAUGUUGUGCUUGACAUGAAACUCUACGCUAUCCUGGAUAUGAGAGAAAUUGACCAGACCUUAAUUUCUUACAUUUGGGUUUAUUUGUCAUGGAAAAACGAGUACACUAAGUGGGAACCAGAUGAAUUCUGUGGAAUUAAACAAAUAACAAUUCCUACUGAAUAUUUGUGGAUGCCAGAUAUAACUAUUUCAGAGAUGACAGAGAGAGACAAAGCCUCUCCGAGUCCUUAUCUCUCCAUUGAAAGCGGUGGUUUGGUUGAAUACAGAAAUGACCAGGUGAUCGUAAGCACCUGCAAGCUGCACGUGUACAAAUUCCCUUUUGAUGUUCAGAGGUGUAACCUCUCCUUUAAGUCUAUCAUGCACUCUGAUGAAGAAAUAAAGUUACAAUUCAACGAAACCAAUAAUACGGUCACAGAAUGGUCUCGAAAUGUGAUGCAGACACAAUACGAGUGGCUGUUUAUCAACAUGUCAGUUACCACCAAAACUGUCAAUGAAUUUGACUUCAACCAACUUAUGAUUGUUUACACUAUUACCAUGAAGAGGAGGUCUGUCCUCUACAUUGCCAAUUUCUUGCUGCCAGUCUUCUUCUUCUUGGUUCUGGACUUGUCCUCCUUCCUGAUAUUAGACAGUGGAGGUGAGAAGCUCGGCUUCAAGAUCACUGUCCUGCUCGCUGUCACAGUGAUGCAGCUUCUUCUCAAUGAGAUUCUGCCCAGCUCUUCAGACAGUAUUCCACUUAUAGCUGUCUAUUGCAUUGGGGUUUUUGCUCUGAUGCUGCUCAGCCUCCUGGAGACAAUUUUGGUGAUGCAUCUGAUUGAGAAAGACUCGCCAGCCCAGGAUAAUGAGACAGAUGGAAACCAAAGCCUGGUGGAGUGCUGUGAGGAGAAACAGGACAUAUCCAACUUUCACAGCUGUUGUAGAGACAUGAAGAGAUGUAGUCAUUGUGCAUCUGUUCAUGAUGUAUCUGUGGAUGAAAGACCAACUGUGUCUACAUCAAUCAACAGUCUGCCACCACUGACUAUAAAGAGUUGUAGCUGCAACCUGAUGAAGAUGUUCUUUCCACUGGAAAAAGUCUCGGGUGACCUGCGGGAGACUAGGAAAACCGUGACUCUGCAGAGUACCAACAAGAAGUCCGGCUACUGGACCAAUAUAGUAAAACAUAUCAACAGGGUUUUUGUCAUUUUUUAUUUGACAACAGUGACUGUGUUUUUGGCAAUUAUGAUUUUAUUGUGGAACAGUGCUGAAGAUGAGUAGGCCGAAAGUUACUUUACUUUAAAUCAUUAGCAUGAGGAUUAACUUUACUUAACUAAAAGUUUCUGUUCCUUUAUUAAGUCCAAGUCUAAAGUAUGCAUUUAGACUAGGGGUCGGUUUUGAUUAUCGAUUUAUCGAUU